GCUCCUCCCCUCCCAUGACACCUCCUGACUUUCCAGCAACCUUUUCGCAGAUAAAAGGUUGCUUCCCGCAGAAGGGUCAAGAGAGCUGCUUUUGUGCUCAACCAUAAAAUUCUCUGGAACUAUCUUCAGGGUCGGCUCAGCCCCAUAAAAGAGGGUUCCUGACAAGUCAGAGGAAUUAGAAGGAAGGCUCUGAAGGACCCAGCUUGCAGCAUGAUGAAGAACUUCCCUGUGGCUUCCCUUCUUUUCCUGGUUCUUAUCCUGAGUGUCGAUCUUGGAGCUACCACACGUGGCAGUGAUGUGGCCAAGUUCUGCUGUUUCCAAUACAGCCAAAAACCCCUUCCCUGGAAGCGGGUGCGUAGCUAUGAAUUCACCAGGGACAGCUGCUCCCAGAAGGCUGUGAUAUUCACCACCAAGAGAAGCCAGAAAGUAUGUGCCCAGCCAAAGGAAGCAUGGGUGCAAAAAUACAUUUCAUUACUCAAAGCCCAGCAACAACUGUGACCUGACUGCUGAAUUUUCAGUCCAAGUCUCCUGGAUCCGGCUCUGCACUUGGCUCUGUUGUCCUUUGGUGGAGCCUGAAGAAUUUCUCCGAGAGAAGGCUCCAUGGGUCUGAUAGGGAGGAGAGGAGAGUUUUCAACCAGUCAUUUUAAAAAGAUUUGAUUUGCUCAAUAAACUUUCUUAUUCAAUUAAAAACUGAAUUUUCUUCAAAGAAAAUAAAGGAGUCAAUAUUUGCAGCUGACUGCCUGGCGAGUCCCCAGUCCCUGAUCAGACCAUCCUAUUGAAUUCUGUCUUAUGUUUUUGUGUGUGGAAAAAGAAAAAG